AUGAUUGAGGGUUCCGCUGCCAGUUCUUCGGGUUCUAAAAAGGACGAUGUGGUGAGUAGCAAUGAUGAUGUUCUUGUCGGCACCGUGGACGCGAACGAGAAUACGAUGAUGGUUAAUCCGGCCACAAAGAACAACGGAGUGUUGUCUUCACAAUGUAAACAACACAGAUUCCUAAUUCAAUGUCCUCAAUUCCCUUUAAAUUAUCCUCGGGAAAUAGCCGACUCGGAAGAAAUCGACCCUCGCGCCUUCAAAUCACAAUUCGAUGAGAUUUCAAAUGCCUCAAGGUUAUUGGAAAAUGCCAAAUUAAACAAUUUCAACAACCGGUAUAAUGGUUCGAUUGGUCAGGCUACCACGACGAACCAUUUUCCAUUGAGAAGAACUGGCGGCACCCUAAGCCCCUUACCUAAUACCCCUUUGGGUUUUGGUCUGUACGAACAAGACGAAUAUCUUUCGUUAAAAUUACAUCAGCAGUUAAGCGAGCUUAACUCGGAGAAGGUCGCUUCCGGCGAAAUCGACGAUGACGGAUUAAGACCAAAGUCUUCAAGGGACUUUAAUAAUAAUGAAUUAGAUUGGGAUAGUUCAUCGACGUUACCCUCAACCCCCGGUGGACCGUUCUCCUCUCUGACUCCCUCGUCAAGCUAUUCCACGCGCUCGAAUACCUCUUAUUUUGUACCAUCGCAUGCAUUACUGGAUGAUGAUGAAUUAUUGGAAAAACAACUACUUCUGGAGGAAGAACAAAAGCUCCUGUCCUUCCAAAAGCAAAAGCUAGAUAAUGCUAUCAAUCAAUUGCGCUAUCACAGCAAUGAUUCGAGUUUAAUGGAGUCAAAGUUUAAGUACACCCCUUCCCCUCCAAGACCAAGGUCAACCACACCUACGUCAAAAAAGCAACUCCCAAGGAGCUCACUGGUCCCUUCUGGCCCUCAACAGACGCCCACGCCUCCAAGAUUUCAACACAACCAUCAGGAACCAAUUGGUACGCCCCUUAGAAAGACGAACAUUAACGGUCUCGGGACCAACUCUCCUACAUCAGUUUCCGCUCCGGAACAACGGUCCACGUUCUCCUUAUUCGCAAAAUCUCCGGUUCUCUCGUUGAAUCAUACUUUCUUACCGAAAGUAAACGAGCAUUUGUCAUCUAGCAUGUACGGCAACCUGAACAGUGGUAAAGCUUCUGACGGAUUACACGGAGGUUACCCUUUGACACCGGCUAGUACUCCGCCAAGAAAUAUUGACGAAGAAUGUUACUUCUUUGAUUCCCACCACUUGAACCUUGGAACCAAUUACCACGCGACAAACUCGGGGAGGUCUUCCGACAGUCAUCAUCACCACAGUGCUCCUCCGACUCCUAAUUACUAUUCUCAUCUGACACCAAUAUGCACACAGUUCGCCGCCGCCUCCCAAUUUCCACUCACUCCGAAUUCUGUCACCGGAUACUCCGCGCGCGCACCAUUGUAUUCGUCGCCAGUUGACGAACGUGAUGAGGACGCUUUAUCAUGGGAUGACAAAUCUUUCGUGUCGACCACCGGAAGCAAAGCGUUGCCAACGAAAAAUGAAACCGAUUGGAAUAAUUAUCACACGAAGAUUGAAAAUAAAUUGCACCAAAAAUUCUGUGAUGUCCCAUCAUCCAUGAUGACAUCCUCCAAUGGUAACGGCUUCACGAGUAGACUUAUGGAAACUGUCGCUUUUGGUAAUCACGGACGUGGUUUCGAACUGGAAGUG